AUGGAGGCGAAACAUGAGGAAUCCAGCUCUUUUCCAAUGGGCGAAACCCCGCAGGAGAAAGAAAGGGGGGGUUUCGGCCAUGUUCCUAAUGGUUACAAAGUUGCACCCCUGAGCAGGCCUAGUUUACAUCCAGAAAUUGCAAAUAUCCCUGUGGUCGAUUUGAAUGGUUUGAAUAACCCUACAAGGCGAUCUGCGGUCAUCAAAGAUAUUUCGACUGCCUGUGGAAACAUCGGAAUUUUGAAGAUCGUCGACCAUGGGAUAUCUCAGUCAGUUUUGGAUGGAGCGCUUUCAGCCGCCUCGGCUUUUUUCAACCUGCCGUCGAUGGAGAAGGUGAAAUUCAUGUCCAAUGACGUUCGCCAGCCUGUUAGAUACGGCACGAGCAUAAAGGACGGAGCUGAUAAGGUCCAAUUUUGGAGGACAUUUCUCAAACACUACGCAAAUCCUCCAGACGACUGGCUGUCAAUAUGGCCCGAUGCUCCUCUAGACUCCCGUGACGGGAAAUGGACCGCCGUCCGACGUAUUCAAGGUGCCUUGCAGGUUAACGUCGGCGAUCAUCUUGGGGUGCUUAGCAAUGGCUUGUACAAAAGUGUGGUUCACAGAGUCACACUUAGCAGCGACACCAUCAGAAUCUCCAUCGCUAGUCUUCAUACUUUGGGCAUGGAUGAGAAGGUGGAGACUGCAAAAGAGCUAGUUGAUGAACAGCAUCCGAAGGGUUACAGGGACAGUAGCUUUAAACACUUCCUCGAUUUCUGUGCUCAAAAUGACAUUGCAGAUGGGAAGAGCUUCAUCGAUGCUCUCAGGAUUACAAAUCAAUAA